AUGUUAGCCAAUCCACAUAGCAAUCUGCACGAGCGCUAUCGACAACAUCGUCGGCAGAUCUCAACCCCCAAUGCGCUGGAAGCCGCCAAAGUUCCUACCCUUCCAGCACAGGCAUUGCAGCGAAUCAAUGCGCAUCGCCGUGGACAGAGUCUCGACCAACGACCUUUGCACGUCCAACGUCCUCGACCUAUGCACGAUGGGGCCGUUUCCAUUACUAACGCAACAGCAACUCAGCAGCACCAAAUCCUUGCCAGGGGAGCGCAGCAUCCCCGAUUCUCGCAAUCGACGCAAUUCCCCCAGCACUCCUCUCCCAUGCCCGUGAUGCCUGAAUGCCCGUCUUUGACCUCGGAAGACUUGCAAGCAUUAUCCAAUUCUACCAGCAAUGCGAACCAUCCGGGCAUGCCUUACAUGAAUUCGAGCUUCAUUACAAUGGGAAACCCGAGCUUGGGGAUUCGAUCAAUGGACAACAAUCUCAAUCUGAUGCAACAGCAGCAACUGCAAAAUGCUCACGUCUCAUGCGUCAACAGCCUUGAUGGCCAAAUCCUCGACAACGGUGCCUGGAAUUUCUACCAGCAAAGCCAGCUCGCUACGACGCUCCGGUCUCAAGUCAACAACCUUACGGCCGAUGGGAGACGGCAGUCUGUUCAGUCAGAUAUCACCCCCUCGCAACGACCGCAUACCCCCAAGCAGGCAAAUACGCACUACUUUCCCAUAACGCCAGCGACAACUCCGUUCAAGAAACCAGCGGAACUUGCUCAGUAUAGUACGGACAUGCAGUCCACCCCCUCUAAGGAGACAGGCCGCUCUGCACCCGCAUCAGCCCAGUCGGCAUACAUGCAACGAGCCAAGUCCCUCCAAGGAGUUGCGGGUUUUGAUGCGUUUGGCAGUCAGCAGGGUUCCAGUUUCGAAAUCUCCGAGUCAGAGAAUCUAUCGCAAAGUCACUAUGCCUCGUCGUCAGCAACCUCGUCCUUUCAAUCCUCCCCAGAGCUAGCCGCCAUGCCAAGCCCCGAAGACAAUCAUGAGAAGACUCAUAAACUGCCCAUCUUCCCUGCCGCGUCCAGUCGGGCAACCCACAGGAAGGCGCUGAGUACCAGCUCCAGUUCUUCCUUGACGAAGCCCCGGCUUUCUCCAAGAGUGGCUUCAAUUGAUAGCCUUAACCUUGAUGCUAGGGUUCAUGCUUCUAUCAAAGAGACUGGGAUAACCAUCGAUGAGAUCGCCUCCUACAUCUCUGGCCCCGACCCGGAGGAUGGAAAGUGGGUUUGCCUUCACCCCGGCUGCGAGCGGCGGUUCGGAAGAAAAGAGAAUAUCAAGUCACACGUGCAGACCCACCUUGGUGAUCGCCAAUAUAAGUGUGAUCAUUGUAACAAGUGCUUCGUUCGCGGACAUGACCUGAAGCGUCACGCCAAGAUUCACACGGGAGACAAACCAUAUGAAUGUCUUUGUGGCAACGUAUUCGCUAGGCACGAUGCUCUGACUCGGCACAGACAACGAGGAAUGUGCAUCGGCGGGUACAAGGGUAUUGUGCGCAAGACAACAAAACGUGGUCGUCCAAAGAAACAUCGACCAGAGUUGGAGGAGAGACAGGACAAGGCAGCCAAGACACGCCAGAGAGUCGCCGAGAAGUCAUCCCUUGACUCCUCCUCGUCCGGGUGUGUUGAUUCCCCCAACUCGCCGCCUUCCGAAAUCCUUGAGAAUAUGAGCCUUCACGGUGGAUCAAGCCCGAAAGAGGAUAUGCCCGUGUUCAGCCAACCCAACUUUUCCUUGCCUCCAUCUGCGUUUACUUUCACGCCUCCUGCGUCUCCGCGACAGAGACGAAAUGCUGCCUUUGUCGCCCUCCAAGCGCCCCUCGAGAAGAUUGUUGAAGAACCGAGCCUGCCUUUCAUUUCGAAUGCCAAUCCAUAUACCGAUAUUGCUAACUCCACCACCGAGCUGUCAUCUCCACAUACGGCUCCCACCUUGGCUGAUUCGUCUCACGGCUCCGACCUCGAUAUCUUCAUCAGCACGGACAGCUCCGCCAACUUCAAGCAUGAAUUUCCCGAUUUGAGUGACCCCGACAUGGCCGCUUUUCCCGACUAUGUCAAUGGGUCUACUUUCGAGCCCGGACUGGAUCUGUUCUCGAGCAAGACAUUCUCUGCCGGUACCUCGAUGAACGACGACUUCUUUUCACUCCAAUUCCAGGUUGAUGAUAUGACCAAAGAAUUCUUCAUGGACUGCUAG